AUGACUUCAUUUAAGAUCGGCUCAGUCGACGUCACAUUUCGCGACGCUUUCAAGCAGAACAUCCCUCCACUAAAUCCAAGAACGACCGAACUCCCACCCGGUCACAGAAGGCAGCCAACAUACCGCCCACUUGAAACAACAACUAUCUUCGAUCAAGACCAAGCCCUUACACUUAGGGAUGGAACGGUGAUCUAUGCCGACAUAUUCCGUCCCAAAACCGACGAGAUGGUACCUGCAAUCGUCAUGUGGGGUCCAUAUGGCAAGACUGGAACGGGCAUGCUAAACAUUGGUGCCAUGCCACUGCGAGCCGGUAUACCAGAGACUCAGCUAUCAGGCUACGAAAACUUCGAAGGUCUCGACCCUGCAGAAUGGGUACCUCGUGGCUACGCCAUCGUCAACGUAGACCCAAGAGGCGUGAACAACUCCUCGGGCAACAUCCACUUCUGGGGCAGCAUCGAAGGGCGCGACGGCCACGAUGCCAUCGAAGAGCUCGCCAAGCUCCCCUGGUGCUCUGGCAAACUGGCCCUAGCGGGUAAUUCCUGGCUCGCAAUAUCCCAGUACUUUAUCGCGGCUAAGCAGCCACCACACUUGGCGUGCAUUGCGCCUUUGGAGGGCUUGUCAGAUCCUCUGCGCGAGCAAACGCUUCGAGGAGGUAUUCCGAAUACGGCGUUCAAUGAAUGGGUCGCUACUAUGUUGAUGGGAAGGAAUAUGAUAGAGGAUUUUGCUGCAAUGGCCAAGAUGAAACCUGUGCCUAGGAAAUAUAUCGACGAUAAGCGUGUGGAUAUGGCGAGGGUCAAGGUGCCUGCUUAUAUCGGGGCGAGCUAUUCAUCACCUAUCCAUACCGUCGGCUCCCUACGAGCAUUCGAGGAGAUCGAGCACCCAGAUAAAUGGCUCGUUCUUCACGCAUCCCAAGAAUGGUACGAUCUAUACAGUCCAGCACGCACCGCAGACCUCGCCCGAUUCUUUGACUUCCACCUCAAAAGCUCCCCCAACGACUGGCCGCAGACCUCACCAGUCCGCAUAUCAUUUCUAAACUUCACCAAACCAGCCCUGUUAGACCAAGAAUACUCAGACCUACCAUGGCACCUCCCCACAGCCACAGUCCAGAAACUGCACCUCCAUUCCAACGGCAUCCUCACCCCAACCGCGCCACUCUCAGAAAACACAAUCGAAUACCAAGCCGACUCCUCCUCCGAACUGAUUUUCACAUACAUCUUCCCAAGCAAAACCGUACUAACUGGUCCCUCCACCCUCGUCCUCUCCAUCGCAGCACAGGAUCACACCGACCUAGACAUCCACGCCCACAUAUUUAAAGGCUCCGCAUCGGGUACCAUACUAUCUCACAUAAACAUACCCAUUCCGGCCAACACGCCCUCUGGAGUCGCAGAAGAAAUGACGCAAAAUAGAGUAUGGCGGUACUUCGGUCCCAGCGGCAUGUUGCGCGCGUCUAAACGCCAUGUCUCAGACGCGCUGCGAGGGAAAACUUGGGAAACGCUGUCGCUGGAGCGCGAGGACAAAGUGGAGAAGGGGGAGGUGGUUAGAUUGCGUGUUCAGCUUUGGCCGGCGGGUAUGGUGUUUGAGGCUGGGGAGAUGAUGGUACUGAAGAUUAGCGGGAGGGAAAUGGGCUUGAGGGAUCUUCCUGGGGCGGUGGCGAUGAAGAAUGAGAAUAUUGGGAAGCAUGUGAUACAUAUUGGUGGCGAGAUGGAGGGGUAUCUUGAGUUCUUCACGCUUUGA